UAUUUUAUCUCCAUAGCUCCAAACACUGCUUCCGCAGGGAAACUUCUUUCAUUUCCAUCACCAAAAACCACACUUUGAUUUUGACAUUUUAUCAAAUACCUAUGUUGGCUUCCAUAUCUGCCUCCACAUAUGUAAAAGCUACCAAGAAAAGCGUCUUUCUCUUAGACAGAUGCCUUGCUUUCUCACAAAUCAAGCAAAUCCAGUCCCAUCUCACAGUUUCAGGCACCCUCAAGGACCCCUAUGCCGCUGCAAAAAUCAUAUCUUUUUGUGCAGUCUCCAGUGCCGGAAAUCUCUGUCACGCUUACCAACUUUUUCUUCGCCUUCAAUUUCGAUCUACCUUCAUUUGGAACACCAUGAUCAGAGCUUUUGCUGAAGCAACUGAACCCAGCAGAGCUAUUGCUUUGUAUAAGCAUAUGCUCUGAAGCAAUUUCUUGCCUAAUAACUAUACUUUCUCUUUCCUUUUCAAAGCUUGCACUGACUUGAAUUAUUUUUUCUUGGCUUUAGCUUGCCAUGGCCAAGCCAUCAAAUUGGGCUGGGAGUCCUAUGACUUUGUUCAAAAUGGGUUGAUUCAUUUAUUUGCAACUUUUGGUUUCAUGGAUCAUGCUCGUCAAUUGUUUGAUGUGAGUUCUAAUAGAGAUGUUAUUACAUGGACUGCUUUGAUUAAUGGGUUUUUGAAAUCUGGGCAAGUUACGGUUGCACGCGGACUGUUUGAUAAAAUGCCUGAGAAGAAUUCUGUUUCUUGGAGUGCGAUGAUCACUGGGUAUGUACAAGUUGGAUUGUUUAAAGAGGUUCUUGAGCUUUUUAAUGCUAUGCAGAUAUCUGGGUUUCGGCCAAAUCAUGCUGGCAUUGUUGGUGCAAUUACUGCUUGUGCUUUUCUUGGUGAUUUGUAUGAAGGAAGGCGGAUACAUGCUUACAUUAAUAAAAAUAGAAUUGAAUUGGAUAGAAUAAUUGGCUCUGCGCUCAUUGACAUGUAUGCAAAGUGUGGAUGUAUCGAUCUUGCUUUUUCCAUAUUUGAUCAAUUGCCAAAAAGAGAUGUCUACGUUUAUACUUGUUUGAUAUCAGGUUUAGCAAAUCAUGGUGAGAGUGCAGCUGCUAUUGAGUUGUUUGAAAGGAUGGAGAAUGAAGGAGUUGUACCAAAUGAUGUUACGUUUGUAAGUGUGUUAAAUGCUUGCUGCCGAAUGGGGCUGAUGGAUGAAGGAUUGAGAAUAUUUGAAAACAUGAGUAAGAUAUAUGGUAUUGAGCCACAAGUUCAGCACUAUGGAUGUCUGGUUGAUCUCUUGGGAAAAGCUGGCAAGUUAGAAGAGGCAAAGAAAGUCGUAAAAGAAAUGCCAAUGGAGCCAGAUUCUUAUGUUUUAGGUGCAUUACUCGACGCAUGUAGGGUUCAUGGUGAUGUUGAGUUAGGUAAAGAAACAGUUGAUACCUUGGUUCAGUUGAAUCAGGACCAUGGUGGGGUACAUGUUGUUCUUUCAAACAUGUAUGCCUCUGCUAACAAAUGGGGUGAUGUUGCAAGGGUAAGGAAAGGAAUGGAAGAUAAAAAAGUAAGAAAGGUGCCAGGUUGCAGUCUAAUUGAAGUGGAUGGAGGAUAAGGUGCAUUGUGCUUUGGAUAGAUCUUUCCAUGUACUUAUGGAGGAUAUCAUGUUGUUGUGAUUGGAAUUAAUGAGCAAUUAAAAAGCUGUGUUGAUGAUAAUAUGACAUUGGAGUAUGUUCAGGUUGUUAUGUCCGAUCGCUAUGCAUCAAAGAAAUGAGGGUUUUCCCUGUUGGCGAAACAUCAAGAUUAUUGCUUCCUUUAACAUGGUGCAACUUAAGGAAGUGUAAUAAAGCAUGUGUGGAUACUAAAAGGUUAGCGACCCGACACCUGAGUUAUAGAAGCAGUGGCAUUGGAUUUGGAGGACGCAGUGGAUGUGGACCUGUCCCCAUGGAUGACCACCCUUUCUUCAGAUUCAAUAAAGGGAGGCCUAGUUGGUGGCCUGUGCUCCAAUGAACCAGUACUUUUGAGUAGAACAACCACUUCUGACAUUGUUGGUCUCAAAGCAGGUGAAGUUUGAGUGCACAUCAAGGCAAUCUCUAUGAUUUUCUUCACUUCUUCUGCUUCAUAUUCAUCUGGGCCUAAGCUUUCAUCGACUAAUUCCAGUGAAGAAACCAUUAAUCCUUGGUGUUGCGAUCUGAAGAUCUCUUAACAAGCUAUCUGCAGUUGUUUGGAAAGCAGCAGUCAGAGAUGUAGUUUGAUUUUCACAGUACUCACGGUUGGCAUCUCGAGUGGUCUCCCCGUAGAAGUCAUUCCUCUCGUACCUGAAAACAGGGGGAGAAAACACUGAGGCUCCAUUUGUCUUGCAAAAAAUAUUUAUUUUUGGAAAUGUGGAGAAAGUAAGAGCAGCCUGAACUAAUGGAUAAUUGGGCAUAUGAUGCAUAAGAAGAUCAUGUGUUUGUUCUAACUAAAUAACAAAUUGCUUUGUACAUUUGGAUUGGUAUGGACCUACAGGUUUGAGCUUCUGAUCAUCUGAAGUCUUGUAUUACUAAACAUGUAUUUCACUAAUUGCUGGUUCUAAUGGACAGUUUCUGGGUUGAAUUCCAAAAUAACAUUAACAAGAAUAACUAUAUUAUUUUGUCAAA